AUGGUUGGUGGCGUACGCUUGCUAGCUUGCGGUCGAUUGGCCGUAAGGGCCGUUUUUUCUGCAUCUGCUCUUGACAUUGGAUCUAGCAUAACAACAGCAUGUCCGGAUCCACCUCUUCCAAAACGAAAUUUGUCAACAGCACCUGCAAGGGGUGAUAAUGCAGUUCCUGUUUCACCCCCAGCAGCUCCAGUAGUGGCUAGUUGUGCUGGGUUUCCUAAAGAUAUGCAAAAAGGUCCUUCCACAGUCCUUGAUUCUGGAGUAUAUGGAGAUGAUGCCUGUUUUAUAUCACGGUUCAAAAACACCUUCGUCGUCGGAGUUGCUGACGGUGUCGGUGGUUGGCGAAAAUAUGGCAUCGAUCCGUCGGAAUUCAGUCGGAAGUUGAUGCGUGAAUGCGAAAAACGCGUCUCUUCUGGUGAUUUCGAUCCACGAAGUCCAGAGGCGUUGCUUGAAAAGGCAUUCAAGGCUACAGCAGAGGCCCCUCGACCAGAAUUUUCCGAGAUUAUUAAAACCUGUUAUUUCCCGUUCUUGGAAUUACUUCCUCUUCACCUUGCCUUCCUAUCUGGGAUUAUAGCAUCUGGCCCACUUGACAAGAGUCAACAUUGCCUCAAUGCCAUCGAUAAUGUUCCAGGAUCAUCAACAGCAUGCGUUUUGGUGGUACAUCAGGAGAUGUUGUACUCAGCGAAUCUUGGUGAUUCUGGUUUUAUGGUAGUGCGAAAUGGGCGAGUUCUCACUAAAAGGUAUCGCGGGUUUAUCGGAGACACUCCAGAUUUAGCAGAUAAGAAGGAGAUCCGCGUUCAGAAAGGAGACAUCGUCUUAUUGGCUACCGAUGGUUUGUGGGAUAAUUUGACAGAACAACACGUUCUUGAUCAACUUCGACCACUUAUCGAAGAGAAAGCAACUGUUCAAGAGGUUUGUAAUGCACUUGCGCUAACGGCACGAAGGUUAUCGUUCGACGUAACGCAUAACAGUCCAUUCGCGGUAAAGGCACGUGAGCAUGGUCUUUCAGCUGCCGGUGGAAAACCUGACGAUAUCACACUUGUGCUUCUUUUAAUCGUUUAA